AUGCCCUUCGCCUCCAUCCUAAUCCUCUUCGGCAUGGGCAUGCUCGUCUACGUAAAUUACUUCUACCAAACCUACAUAAUCGCCGACUUUGCCGCCUACCCGGAGCCCGUCGCUGCCAAGUUGCGCCGGGCCCUCUACUAUACCAACAUCGACUUGCAGCCCAAAAAUGCUCUGAAAUACUACCGACAAGCACUCAAUUUGGCUGAAGAGAUGGGUCUCGAUCCUUUCAGCGACGAGCUGCUUGGGGUUAAGUUCCAAGUGUCGCAUUUUUUCGAGAAGAUACACCAGUACCAAAAGGCGAUCGAUGUGCUGGAGAUCGUUCGGGGAGAUUGUUUGAAGUGGAUGGAGGUAUUAGGCGGGAAGAAGGGGAAUGAAGGGAAGAGGACGAGGGUCUUGCGGAAGACGAUUUCCGUUAGUUUGAAAUUGGGGGAGUAUUACGCGAAUGAGCAGGUUGGGGACCAGGAGGCCGCGGAGGAGAGGUUGGUGUGGGCCGUCACGGCGUUGUUGAAGGAGCAGAGGAGGAGGGAGGAUGAGGGCGUGAAGGAGGGAGAGGGCCCGUGGAUGAGCAACGAGGAGAUUGGGGGAUCUCUUGAAGCACUCGGCCACCUCUACGAAUCCAAAGACCUGCAUUUCCUCGCGGCUCCCCUCUUCCUCCAAGCUCUCGGGCUCGCCCCGCCCGGCGGCUGCCACUCCGUCGUCCUGAUGAACAACCUCGCCAUCUCCCUCGCGCAGCAGAACCCUCCUCCCAGCCUCUCGCCGAACCAACCUCCCGUCUCGGCCGCCUCCCACCUCUCGGAUGCUCGCCAGUGGGCUCGAAAGUCCCUGGCGCUCGAGUCUUCGAUUAAACCGCCCGAGCGGACCAGGGAGUGUGAUGAAGGGUGCGCGGUUGCUACGAUUAACUUGGGGGAAAUUGCCAUGAUGGAGGGUCAUGUGGAUGAGGCGAAGAGGAGGUAUGAGGAUGGGAAGAAUAUAAGUAAAGGCAUUGGGUUUCGAGAGGGGGUCGCGAGGGCAGACGAGCUUCUUAAGGAGCUCAAGGAGAAGAAGUAG